UUUCUAUUUUGUGUCUUUUUUUUUUUUGUUGUUGUUGCUCGGAGCGGGCACCUCCGCUGAGCGGGAGCUUGGAUGUGUCUCUAGCUGGAGAAAGAGGAGGAAACCCAGGGUGCAUUUCUGUUGCCUCCAUUGCCAAGGAAAAGGGGGGAGGGCAAAAGCAGCCACUCAGCCAUCAACUGCAAGAGAGAAGAGAACUGAUAAAAAGAAUGCCAAAGACAUAUGGAGCCAUCACAAAAAUGAAAUUACCGAAAAGAACAAAUACAAAUAUAGCAUAAGAUCACUGCCAUGGAAAACAGAGCAAGUUCUGUCUAGAUUCAGGGCCAGAUCCUCAGCUGGUUUAAAUCUGCACAGCUCCACUGAAAUCGAGAGACUUGCCAACUACUCCAUCCAUAUUGGCCAGGGGUUAAUUUGGAAGCCAUGGCCCUCCACUUUCAAAGAAGCACCAACUAAAAUCAGCAUCAUCUUCCUGUGACUGGAGGCAGCAGACAGGAGAACUUCCCUACAUCAAUGCACUGCCAAUGGUGGUGUAAUACCAAGGGCUGCACUGCUGCCACAUCACAAUUUUGUGAGGUUUCAGAGAGUAGUUCUGGGUUAUAUCCUUUGUCGUGACCUCAUGGUUUAAGUGGGAAUAAAGAUGAGUAUAAGCAGUGAUGAGGUUAACUUCCUGGUAUAUAGAUACUUGCAAGAGUCAGGGUUUUCUCAUUCAGCAUUUACAUUUGGUAUAGAGAGCCAUAUCAGCCAGUCUAAUAUAAAUGGUGCUCUGGUGCCACCAGCUGCUUUGAUUUCUAUCAUCCAGAAAGGUCUGCAGUAUGUAGAGGCUGAAGUCAGUAUUAAUGAGGAUGGUACCUUGUUUGACGGUAGGCCAAUAGAGUCUCUCUCACUGAUAGAUGCAGUAAUGCCUGAUGUGGUACAAACAAGACAACAGGCCUACAGAGAUAAACUUGCACAACAACAGGCAGCAGCUGCCGCUGCUGCAGCUGCAACUAAUCAACAGGGAUCUGCGAAAAAUGGAGAAAAUACUGCAAACGGAGAGGAGAAUGGAGCGCACACUAUAGCAAAUAAUCAUACGGAUAUGAUGGAAGUGGAUGGAGAUGUUGAAAUCCCUCCUAACAAAGCUGUGGUGCUGCGUGGUCAUGAAUCUGAAGUAUUCAUCUGCGCCUGGAACCCCGUUAGCGACCUUCUGGCCUCAGGAUCUGGAGAUUCAACAGCACGGAUAUGGAACCUCAGUGAAAACAGCACCAGUGGCUCCACGCAGCUGGUACUCCGACACUGUAUACGAGAAGGUGGGCAAGAUGUACCAAGCAACAAAGAUGUGACAUCCCUGGAUUGGAAUAGUGAAGGUACACUUCUAGCAACUGGGUCGUAUGAUGGAUUUGCAAGGAUAUGGACUAAAGACGGUAAUCUUGCCAGCACCUUAGGGCAACAUAAAGGACCUAUAUUUGCAUUAAAAUGGAACAAGAAAGGAAACUUCAUUUUAAGUGCCGGAGUGGACAAGACCACAAUUAUUUGGGAUGCCCAUACCGGAGAAGCCAAGCAGCAGUUUCCCUUUCAUUCUGCACCAGCAUUAGAUGUUGACUGGCAGAGUAACAACACAUUUGCUUCUUGCAGCACAGAUAUGUGUAUUCAUGUCUGUAAAUUAGGACAAGAUAGACCCAUCAAAACCUUCCAGGGUCACACAAAUGAAGUAAAUGCAAUCAAAUGGGAUCCGACUGGUAAUCUUCUGGCAUCCUGUUCUGAUGACAUGACUUUAAAGAUCUGGAGUAUGAAACAAGAUAGUUGUGUCCAUGAUUUACAAGCACACAACAAAGAAAUUUAUACUAUCAAAUGGAGUCCUACAGGACCAGGAACAAACAAUCCAAAUGCCAAUCUUAUGUUAGCAAGUGCAUCCUUUGAUUCUACUGUUAGGUUAUGGGAUGUAGACAGAGGAAUUUGCAUCCACACUUUAACGAAACAUCAAGAACCUGUGUACAGUGUAGCUUUCAGCCCUGAUGGCAGGUACCUGGCCAGCGGCUCUUUUGACAAAUGUGUUCACAUCUGGAAUACACAGACGGGUGCUUUAGUUCACAGUUAUCGGGGAACAGGAGGGAUUUUUGAGGUUUGCUGGAAUGCAGCAGGAGACAAAGUUGGAGCAAGUGCUUCAGAUGGUUCAGUUUGUGUAUUAGACCUACGGAAAUAGCGCUACUAGUUGGAAGCCAUGGACCGACUAUGAAUGUGUACAUAGCCAAAAUGACUGUCCCUAACCCAUGUACUGCUAUAGUCCCAAUUGAACCAUGGCCAGUCCAGUACAGCCAAACCUAAAAGAAAUAUAUACAUAUACUGUAUAUAAAAUAAAAUAAAGAUUACACCCUGAAGAGGAUGACAGAGUUUUGUCACAGCUUGUGAAUCCUGUUCACCAAGUGCUGGAAUCUGCUGUGCCCCAAAAUAACAUUUAGAAGUUUCGCGUAUGAAAAACAGAAGAGAGAGAAAUAUACCAUACAAGAGCAGACCAUACAUGUACCAAAUUUGGAAGAUACUAAUGACAGCCUUUAUUUCUCCCUUUUUAAUCCAGAGUCACGAUGGUUUGUGGUUUUGUUUCCCCUCCCCCUUCUCAGUAGUUGAGCAGUUUGCGUGUACAGAGAAAACGGACUUGCAUAAACCUGCAGCGGUAUUUUGUUCUUUGCUUUUAAACAUUGGUUUUUUUGUUUCAUUUUGGUUAAGUUUACGGAUGCAUGAAGUAAGGGAGUGAAUCGGUUCCUUGUUUAUAUUUUUUCACCUUUAAACAGAGUUUCUUUUAAAAUAUAUAUAUUUUAAUGCAUUAUUUCAAGAGGUAGAGUGAACUUGAUAUUUGGUACAUUCUGUGGCUCCGAGAGCACAAUUUUGAGGGGGGAGGGAGGGUGGAAGAUGGGUGACUGGGGGAGAGAAAAAAGAAACUCACCUCUGAGACAUGACGUUUCAUGUCCUGUUAAUCUAUAAAGUACGUCAGCAAUGGGUAUAAUGCUGUGGAUUUUUUCUAAUGACAUGGCUGAAAUGCAGUAGUUUCUUAUUUGGGACAUAAUUCUGCCAAACUUAAGAAUAGAAGGGCGCGCGCGCACACACAAAAAUACAGGGAUGCAAAUAAAUAAAUAAAGAUAUGCAUCUUCUGUUGCUUUGAGACCAUAGCUAAAUUAUGGUUAAAUUGUGCACUAUUGUGAAAAGGAGCAAAAUGUAGUUUUUUGGGGGGGGGGGAGGGUUGGUUGAUUGGUUGGUUUUUUUUGUUUUUUAAAAGAUUAAAAUCUUUUUGGACGAGGGUUCAUGCCACAGCUUCUACAAGAGUUGCCCAUCAUUGUUCGUAGGAGCUCAGAUAUCUAAUGUAACCAAAUUCCAGUAUUAAAAGUAUCUAAUGUAAUUUUUCUUUAUACAAAAAAAAUCUUUGGCAUAUAUUUGAUAACACUGCCGUUAUCAGGCAAAAUGUUUACUACCUUAGAUUUAAAAAAACCUUAAAAACAGAGGACUUGCUUCAAGUUUAUUUUAAUAGCAGUGAUUCAGCUUAUUUAAAAGAUGAAUACUUGCACUAAUUCCCCUGCUGCUCCAGUCCUGCAGUUUGUUGUAUCUUGUGACUACAUUUUUUUCCAAAUAUAAGGUAGAUGUAAGCUGCUAUUUUUUUAAUAAUCACUACUAUAUUGUGUCUUUUACUCUGUUUACAAUAUCAAAUAUUUUUCUUACAGCGACAUAUAUAAGCGGCAAACCUUUUUCUGCUCAUGUGAUUAAAAGUAUAUUGAUAGUGAUUUUAUUUGUAAAUUAUAGCAUGAGGGUCGUGUUUAUGCCUAUAUGGAGUUGAAAGGGUUUUGUCUCGCAUAAGAUUCCAGGCGUAUAAAUCUCUAUAAAAAGAGGUUGUCAAAUCUAUGUCACAAACAUUUUACUUAAGAAAUGGUUUAUAUUAUAAAGCUUUGCAAAGUUAUCAGUUUUAUAACACUAUUUCCAUCACAAAUUAAUUUUGUGGCUUAUGAUCGCUUAACUUUAACUUUCUGUAGUUAAGUAUAAAUUGAUUUAACCCAAAUAAUGCAGCUUUUACAUUUUAACAGAAUUGUUCUUUAGGCAUUGAUUUCUGCUAUUGCCACAGACUAACAUGACUUGAAGCAAGUCUGAGUUUGGCUAAGGUAGGGUGGCAGUUUGCCGGUGGUAAAAAGAAUACAUACAUUCAUAAUAUGUACCUCAGUUAUUAUCAGUGGGGCAGAUAAUACUAUAAUACACCGAAUUUAAAAACAACCAAACAUUCAUAUCCAUAAAGGCAGUCAUCCAUGAUGGUUCUGUGCCAGCUAUUUUUAGGGUUUUGGAACAUAUUACUGUUUAGAACAACUACCCUGUGAGUUACAAUAUGUAGGAAACCUAAUAUGUUGAGUGUCUGGCACUUGAAAUAUUGCUUUUAUUGCUGGAGGUCCAUGAUUGUGGCUGACCUCUGUCAUUAUUAAGAAAAAAUAAAAAAAAAUCUGUGCAAUAAUUUUAAACUGUGCUCCCAGGAAUAGACACAAAUGUUUUGAGUAUAUUUAAGCUGCAUUUUUCCUUUAGCAAUGCAUUUGUCGAUUGCACUGAAUUUAAAUUGAAAGUCAGAGGUGAUUCUUGAUAGUACUUUUGUAUUUUAAUAUGGACAGUUUAUUCAUUUUCAUACAAGUUAUUGGAUGGUUGUUUCAGCGAAUUAAAAAAAAAUGUUGUGGAAUUCUGUGACAUAACUGCAAAACCACAGCCAUGUUUUAUGGUAUUGCCACUUUUCUUUUUCUCAAUCUUCAGCUGUUUUAGUUUUGAGUAAUUCUAGUUGCUUAAGCAUAAUGUCAAGUAUCCAUAAUUAGAAAAUACAGAGCUUCGUUACCACAGGACUGUGGGUUUUCAGAUGUUUGUACACACCCAG